AUGAAGCUUGGAAAGCCACGGGCUUCAAAAGAUGACCAUAGGAAAGGGGAUGAGCCGGCCAUUCUGGAGACAGAGGACCUGGACAACAGAGUCACGCACCUGGGAGGAAGGAUGGACCCAGACACCAUCUCUCUGGCUUCUGUAACGGCCGUCACAACCAAUGUCUCCAACAAGAGAUCAAAGCCAGAUAUCAAAAUGGAACCUAGUGCUGGAAGGCCAAUGGAUUACCAAAUUAGCAUUACAGUGAUUGAGGCCAGACAGCUGGUGGGGCUGAACAUGGACCCUGUGGUCUGUGUGGAAAUUGGAGAUGAGAAGAAAUACACAUCCAUGAAGGAGUCAACAAACUGCCCCUACUAUAAUGAGUAUUUUGUCUUUGACUUCCAUUUGCCUCCCGAUGUUGUAUUUGACAAGAUUAUCAGACUCUCAGUCAUCCAUUCAAAGAACCUUUUACGCAGUGGCACAAUGGUUGGCACUUUCAAGUUGGAUGUUGGUACAGUCUAUGCACAGCCUGAGCAUCAGUUCUACCACAAAUGGGCUGUCCUUUCUGACCCUGAUGACAUCACUGCUGGGUGCAAGGGUUACCUGAAGUGUGACAUUGCAGUGGUAGGAAAGGGGGACAACAUCAAAACCCCCCACAAGGCCAAUGAGACAGACGAGGAUGACAUAGAAGGGAAUCUGUUGCUGCCUGAAGGAGUUCCAGCAGAACGCCAGUGGGCUCGCUUCUACUUGAAAAUCUACAGAGCUGAGGGCCUCCCAAGAAUGAACACCAGCAUCAUGGCCAAUGUCAAGAAGGCCUUCAUCGGGGAAAACAAGGACUUGGUUGAUCCAUAUGUUCAAGUGCUCUUUGCUGGGCAGAAGGGCAAAACCUCCAUCCAGAAGAGCAGCUAUGAACCAAUCUGGAAUGAGCAAAUCAUCUUCACUGAGCUGUUUCCACCGCUUUGCCAGAGGAUGAAGGUCCAGAUCCGUGACUCAGACAAAGUGAACGAUGUGGCUAUUGGGACACAUUUCAUCGACUUACGGAAGAUUGCCAAUGAUGGGGACAAAGGCUUUCUUCCCACACUGGGUCCUGCCUGGGUGAACAUGUAUGGCUCCACGCGAAACUACACACUCAUGGACGAGCUUCAGGACCUGAACGAAGGGCUGGGGGAGGGAGUCUCCUUCCGUGCUAGGCUCCUGAUCAGCCUGGCAGUGGAGAUCCUGGACACCACCGCCCCUGACAUCGUGAGCUCCACUGAGGUGCAGGUGGAGGGAGUGCCUAACAUCUCAGAGAAUGCCACUGGAAAGAUUGAGGAGUUCUUCCUGUUUGGGGCCUUCUUAGAAGCCACUAUGAUUGACCGAAAGAUUGGAGAUAAACCCAUCAACUUUGAAGUCGCUAUAGGCAACUAUGGAAAUGAGCCUGACGGCGUCAACAGGCCAGCGAUAAAGAAGAAGGAUGGAGGAGACAGCAAUGAGGAAGAGUCUGAGCUCAUUCAGCACUCCAGCGGUGAUGAGAUUGAGGACGAUAAGGAUUUAGUCUCCAUCGCCUGCACUCCGGCCAUGAAGCCCGUCAUCACCGACAGAAAUUAUUUCCAUAUGCCAUAUUUUGAGAACAAGCCCUGCAUUUACAUCAAGAGCUGGUGGCAAGACCAAAGAAGGCGACUCUACAAUGACAACAUGAUAGACAAAAUCGCAGACAAAUUGGAAGAGGGCCUAAACGAUGUGCAGGAAGUCAUAAAGACAGAGAAGGCGUACCCCGAACGCAGGCUGAGGGGGGUCCUGGAGGAACUGAGCACGAGCUGUAGUCAGUUUUUAACACUUGCAAACAAGGACCAGAACCAGAUGGGACGAACUAAGUUGGACAAAGAGAGGCUGAAGUUCUGCAUGAGGGAACUGGAAAACAUGGGACAACAGGCCAGGGUUAUCCGAUCUCAGGUGAAGAAGAACACUGUGAAGGACAAGCUGAAGCUGGUUCAAAACUUCCUCCAGAAGCUGCGGUUCCUGGCAGAUGAUCCUCAGCACAGUAUUCCUGAUGUCUUCAUCUGGAUGAUGAGCAACAACAAGCGCAUUGCGUACUCCCGUAUCCCUUCCAAAGACAUCCUGUACUCCCCCGUGGAGGAGGAGACGGGGAAGGACUGCGCGAAAGUGAAGACAAUCUUCCUUAGGCUUCCUGGUAAAAAGGGAUUUGGACCUGCUGGCUGGACAGUGCAGGUCAAGAUGGAGAUUUACCUUUGGCUGGGUCUCAAUAAGCAUCGCAAGGACUUCCUGGGUGGCCUCCCCAAUGGCUUUGAGGAGAACAAGGCUGUAAAGGGCCCUGGAAUGCAGUCGUGUCCUCCCAUCAGUCUAACCUACACCAUGAGGCAGGUGUUCCAGCUGAGGGUACACAUGUACCAAGCACGCAGUCUGUUUGCAGCUGACAGCACGGGCCUCUCUGACCCCUUCGCCAGGGUCUUCUUCUCCACCCAAAGCCAGGUCACUGAGGUACUCAACGAGACAUUGUGCCCAACAUGGGACCAGCUGCUACUCUUUGACAAUGUGGAGCUGUACGGAGAGGCUUCUGAGCUGAGGGACGACCCUCCCAUUAUUGUUAUCGAAAUCUAUGAUCAGGACACCGUGGGUAAAGCUGACUUCAUGGGCAGGACAUUUGCCAAGCCUAUCACCAAGAUGUGGGACGAACCCUAUGGACCUCCCCGAUUCCCCCCACAGCUGGAGUACUACCAGGUGUAUCGUGGUAACUGCACUGCGGGGGACUUGUUGGCAGCUUUUGAGCUGUUGCAGGUUGGCCCUGGAGGAAAAUGCGACCUGCCUCCCAUUGAUGGCCCUAAUGACUUGGACCGAGGCCCCAUCAUGCCCGUCCCACUGGGAAUCAGGCCUGUGCUCAGCAAGUAUAGAAUUGAGGUGCUCUUCUGGGGCCUGAGGGACCUUAAGCGUGUCAACUUGGCCCAAGUUGACAGACCCCGUGUGGACAUAGAGUGUGCUGGGAGGGGGGUCCAGUCUGCCCUCAUACCAAACUACAAGAAAAACCCAAAUUUCAGCACUUUGGUCAAGUGGUUUGAAGUUGACCUGCCAGAAAAUGAGCUCCUUCACCCUCCCCUCAACAUACGGGUGGUUGACUGCCGUGCAUUUGGUCGCUACACCCUUGUAGGGUCCCACGCUGUCACCACACUGCGCAAGUUCAUCUACCGGCCCACAGACAAGAGUGCAAAUAACUGGUCCACCACAGAGGAGAUUGUAAUUUCCAUGGCACCAGAGGCUCCUGUCAAGAAAAUGGAGACUGUUGUCAAGUUGGAUUCUACUUCAGAUGCAGUGGUAAAAGUUGAUGUGACAGAAGAUGAUGAGAAGGGUAAGAAGAAAAAGAGGAAGAAGGGGGUAGAGGAGGUUGAGGAGGAAGAGCUGGACGAGAGCAUGCUGGACUGGUGGUCCAAGUACUUUGCCUCCAUCGAAACCCUGAAAGAGAUUAUUAAGGCUCAGGAAGCAGCUUUGGCAGAAACAGAGGAGAAAGAAGACAUGGAUAAUGUAGCUGAUGGUGGAGAUAUCAGGCUGGAUGACUCAAAUGCAAAAGGGGCCAAAGGGAAGGAGAAGGUCAAGGGAAAAGGCCCCAAGGACAAGAAGAAGGCCCAGCCUGUAGAGAUGCCAGAAAAGAAGAAGCAAAAAAUUGAUGAACUCAAGGUGUACAACAAGGAGCUGGAAAAUGAGUUUGACAACUUUGAAGACUGGCUUCACACUUUCAACCUGUACCGGGGAAAGAGCGGUGAUGACGAAGACCAGGACAUGACAGACGAGGAACGGAUCAUCGGCAGAUUCAAGGGCUCCUUGUGUAUGUACAAAAUACCCCUCUCAGAAGACAUAACCAGGGAGGUGGGCUAUGAUCCUAACCUGGGCAUGUUCCAGGGCAUUCCACACAAUGACCCCGUCAAUGUCCUUGUCCGUGUGUAUGUUGUCAGGGCAACUGACCUGCAUCCAGCUGACAUCAAUGGGAAGGCAGAUCCCUACAUUGCCAUUAGACUGGGAAAGUCUGAAAUCAAGGACAAGGAGAAUUACAUCUCGAAGCAGCUCAACCCUCUCUUUGGAAAGUCCUUUGACAUUGAAGCCACAUUCCCCAUGGAAUCAAUGCUUACAGUUGCAGUCUACGACUGGGAUUUAGUGGGCACCGAUGACCUCAUUGGAGAAACCAAAAUCGACCUUGAGAACCGCUACUACAGCAAGCACAGAGCCAUCUGUGGCAUUUCUGCAACUUAUGCCAUUCAUGGUUACAAUGUGUGGAGGGAUCCCAUGAAGCCAACACAGAUCCUGGCCAAGAUGUGCAAGGAAGGCAAGCUGGACCAGCCCACCUAUGGCCCCGCGGGGCGGGUGAAGGUGGCCAAUCGAGUAUUCGUGGGACCCACUGAGAUUGAAGAUGAAAAUGGUCUGAAGAAGCAGACCGAUGAACAUGUAGCCUUGUUGGCUCUGAAUCACUGGGAGGACAUCCCAAAGGUGGGCUGCAGGCUCGUUCCUGAGCACAUCGAGACCAGACCACUCCUACACCCUGAUAAGCCAGGCAUGGAGCAGGGCCGAAUUGAAAUGUGGGUGGAUAUGUUUCCAAAGGACAUGCCAGCACCUGGGCCUGCCAUUGACAUUUCACCCAGGAAACCGAAGAAAUAUGAGCUGCGUGUCAUCGUUUGGAAUACAGAUGAAGUUGUUCUAGAGGACGACGACAUCUUCACUGGGGAGAAGUCAAGCGAUAUCUUUGUGCGGGGCUGGCUGAAAGGGCAGCAGGAGGACAAGCAGGACACGGACGUCCACUACCACUCACUGACCGGAGAGGGCAACUUCAAUUGGCGCUUCGUCUACCCAUUCGACUACCUGCAGGCCGAGGAGAAGAUCGUCCUCUCCAAGAAGGAGUCCAUGUUUGCAUGGGAUGAGACUGAGUAUAAGAUCCCUGCCCGCCUGAACCUUCAAGUGUGGGAUGCAGAUCAUUUCUCUGCAGAUGACUUUCUAGGUGCAAUCGAGCUUGACUUGAACAGGUUUCCUCGCGGGGCAAAGACGGCCAAGCAGUGCUCCGUUGACCUGGUUCUCAAUGAGCAGGAGAUGCCAAUGGUGAACAUCUUCAAACAGAGGAGGAUCAAGGGCUGGUGGCCUUUCCUUGCUCGUGAUGAAAAUGAUGAAAUUGAACUUACGGGAAAAGUAGAGGCAGAGCUACACCUCUUGACAGCUGAAGAAGCAGAAAAGAACCCAGUUGGCUUGGGACGCAAUGAGCCCGAACCCCUGGAAAAACCCAACCGACCAGAUACCACCUUCCUGUGGUUCAUCAGCCCUCUCAAAGCCAUCCGUUACCUCAUCUGCAACCGCUACAAGUGGCUUAUUGUUAAGAUUGUGCUGGCCCUGCUCCUGCUGGCCAUGUUGGGCCUUUUCCUCUACAGCAUGCCCGGCUACAUGGUGAAGAAGCUGCUGGGGGCGUGA